AGCAUUAACAGUUCAGCACAAGCACAACCAAGUGGACUUACAGACAAUCUUGUAAACUCAGGUUCUAAGAGCCAUGAAGGUCCUUGCAGUGCUCGUCCUUGCUGUUUUCACCGGCUGCAAUGCCAACCUCUUCUAUGCUGAUGCUCCCAAGCCACAGCUGGAGGUAAUGACUGAUGCUUUCUGGGACUAUGUUGGAAAGGCCACUCAGACAGCUGAUGACACCCUCCAGAUGAUCAGGAAAUCCCAGUUGGGCCAGGAUAUCAGCACCCGUCUCACAGAGAGCGCUGAAUCAGCCAGCCAGUAUGCAGUGUCCCUGCAGGAGCAGCUCCCAACUGGAGCCCAGGAAAUGAUUAACAGAGUUACCACAGAGGCUGAAGUGUUGAGAGAGCGCUUGAACAACGACCUGAACAAUGCCCGAGAGAAGCUGGAGCCCUACACUGAGACCCUGAAGGCCCAGAUCCAACAGAGAGUGGAUCAGCUCAAGCAAGAGCUGGCCCCCUUCACUGACAGUUUGGACACUGACACCCUGAGGACCACUGUGAUCCAGAAAAGUGAGGAGCUGAAGGCUCAGCUGGAGCAGAGUGUCCAGGACCUGCAGACUCAGCUGGGUCCCUACACCGAUGACCUUAAGCAGAAGGUGGACCAGCACAUGGAGGAAUUCAAACAGAAAGUCACUCCCCUGACUGGCAGAGUCCAGGAUGAGCUCACACUGAGAGCCCAGCAAGUAAAGGAGAUCGCCACCCCAUACGUGGACAACCUGAGGGAGAGGCUGGACCCCUAUGCCCAGGAUCUCCAGUCUCGUCUCACAUCCCUCUAUGAAUCCUACAUCAAAACCAACUAAGUCAAACUCCAACUGACUCUGAACACAAAGAAACAGCAUCAAUUUAAACAGAUUAUUUUUCUCCCUGAUUCCAUAAAUAUGACAGUGCAACAACUUUAGUUAACCUGUCUGGAAAAAGGGCAGUUGUUAUUCCACAUAUUAACGAUGUGAAGAAAGGUAAUAUAUAACAAAUGUUUGUUGGUCUGUGACCACAUGGUGUCUGCUCCCUAAUUUAUGAAAAUAAAAAACAAAAGCAA